AUGGCCCUAGUCGACGUCUUCCUCAAACACCUCAAGUACUUUUCCGGUAUUGUCUUUCUGACCACUAGUCGCAUUGAGGCAAUCGAUGAAGUAAUGUUCUCUCGUCUCUAUUUAUCCAUCAACUUUGUUCCUCCAGGUAGCGAGACACGUCGCCGCAUCUGGGCGCUCAACUUCAUGAAUGCCCCAGCGGAUGACAACAAGAUUAGAGAGCAAGAAACUCGCGACAAGGCGAUUAAGGAACUUGUGCGCUACAAGUUGAACGGAAGAGAGAUUUCUAAUGCUAUAAAUUCUGCGAGAACGCUUGCGAGAUUUGAGGGUGCCCAAUUGGACAUGCCUCAUAUCAGGAGGAACUGUGACAAGUAG